UGGGCUGGAAGGAGAGUUUAGAUUUAUUAGUGUUAAUGUAUGAAGCAGCAUUGCUCUGACCUUGCUAAAACUUAUGAAAUUUAAGGGUAGUCAGGUUUUACCAGCGCGACAGAUACAAGCAAGCAGUGUUUUUCAAGAGCGGCAAAUGGUUAUGAGCCUUAGAGUUUCUGAACUGCAAGUACUUCUGGGUUACGCGGGGAGGAACAAGCACGGACGAAAACACGAACUUCUCACAAAAGCACUGCAUUUGUUAAAGGCUGGCUGCAGUCCUGCUGUACAAAUGAAAAUCAAAGAACUCUAUAGGCGAAGGUUCCCUCAGAAAAUCAUGACACCUGCAGACUUAUCUAUCCCCAGUGUGCACUCGAGCUCCAUGCCAGCAACUUUGUCUCCGUCUACCAUUCCACAGCUCAGUUACGAUGGCCACCCUGCCACAUCACCAUUGCUUCCUGUUUCGCUUCUGGGACCUAAACAUGAACUGGAACUCCCCCAUCUCACAUCUGCGCUCCACCCUGUCCACCCCGACAUAAAACUUCAGAAAUUACCUUUUUAUGACUUGUUGGAUGAGCUGAUAAAACCUACCAGCCUAGCAUCAGAUAAUAGUCAGCGAUUUCGAGAAACCUGCUUUGCAUUUGCACUGACGCCACAACAAGUGCAGCAAAUCAGCAGUUCAAUGGAUAUUUCUGGGACCAAAUGUGACUUCACAGUACAGGUCCAGCUAAGGUUUUGUUUAUCAGAAACCAGUUGUCCACAAGAAGAUCACUUCCCACCCAAUCUCUGUGUGAAAGUAAAUGGGAAACCAUGCAGCCUUCCAGGCUAUCUUCCACCAACCAAAAAUGGUGUUGAACCAAAGCGACCUAGCCGACCAAUCAACAUUACCUCACUCGUCAGAUUAUCGACGACGGUACCAAACACAAUCGUCGUUUCAUGGACUGCAGAAAUUGGAAGAAACUAUUCCAUGGCAGUCUAUCUUGUAAAGCAGCUGUCCUCUACGGUGUUACUGCAGAGGUUGCGAGCAAAAGGAAUACGGAACCCUGAUCAUUCUAGAGCACUAAUUAAAGAGAAACUGACUGCUGAUCCAGACAGUGAAAUAGCAACAACAAGCUUAAGAGUUUCUCUUCUUUGUCCACUUGGUAAAAUGCGGCUAACUAUACCAUGUAGGGCCCUGACUUGUUCACACCUGCAGUGUUUUGAUGCCACUCUGUAUAUUCAAAUGAAUGAGAAGAAGCCAACCUGGGUUUGCCCUGUCUGUGACAAGAAGGCUCCCUAUGAACAUCUCAUUAUCGAUGGGCUGUUCAUGGAAAUCCUGAAGUAUUGUACAGAUUGUGAUGAAAUUCAGUUUAAGGAGGAUGGAUCAUGGGCUCCUAUGAGAUCAAAGAAGGAAGUGCAGGAGGUAACUGCAUCUUACAAUGGAGUUGAUGGAUGUAUAAGCUCUUCCUUGGAACAUCAGGUGUCUUCUCACCAGCAGUCAAAUAAAAAUAAGAAGGUAGAGGUGAUUGAUUUAACCAUUGAUAGCUCAUCAGAUGAAGAGGAAGAAGAGCCAUCUGCGAAGAGAAGCUGUCCUUCCAUAUCUCCGGCAUCACCAUUAAAUAAUAAGGGCAUUUUAAAUCUACCCCAUCAAGCAUCUCCUGUGUCAAGAACACCCAGCCUUCCUGCAGUUGACACCAGCUACAUCAAUACAUCACUUAUCCAAGACUACAGGCAUCCAUUCCAUAUGACACCUAUGCCUUAUGACUUGCAAGGUUUAGAUUUCUUCCCUUUCCUGUCAGGAGACAAUCAGUGAUUAGCACAUAGUUUCACCAGCUGUGAUUGGUCUGUGACUUUUGAGCGGAGGAGAGGGAUGGCAAAAUGUUUCUUUGAAUUUUGGGGAAUUUUUCCACCAAGGAAUUUUUUUGAAGAGGUAAAAGAGUGCUGCUGCUUACAGUUUCUUACUGGUUUGGGUGUCUUGUGAUAUUGUUACCUUUCUAGCGUUUGCUUUUACUAAUAACUAGUGUUUCCAGUUUCUUUUGGCUUCAGAAAUCAAGGGCUGCAGAAAUAAAAGUUCAGUGCAUUGGUCCAUUUACCUUACAGAAAGGUUGAGUAGACGAGCUGGUGUGAAAUCCAGAAGCUGUCAGAGCUUUAGCUUAUAAAUACCUUCUUUUGUGCUGGUCUGAAUCAAACCUGUGGUGUCUGAAAUGUAACUUGAAAAUGUUGUUUUUCCCCCCAGCAUUACAACACAUCCCUUCUUGCCGCUGCAGCUGCGGCGGUUUCCGCAUCAGAUGAUCAAGAACUCUUACACUCUCGUUUUUUCCCAUACACUUCAUCUCAGAUGUUUCUCGAUCAGCUAAAUGCAGGAGGAAGCAGUUCUCUGCCAGCCACAAAUGGUAGCAAUAGUGGCAGUAACAGCAGUCUUGUUUCCUCCAACAGCCUGCGAGAGAGUCAUGGUCAUCCAGUUGCAAGUAGGAGCAGCACGGACACGGCGUCUAUCUUUGGUAUCAUACCAGACAUUAUUUCGUUGGACUGAUUUUUGGAGUAAACGAACUCGUCAGAGGAAAUCUUUGUGCUUGGUUUUACUUUAUGUUAGAAACAUAGACAAGUUUUUUUUCCUUUUUUAGGGAAAAAAAUUUAUGUGUACAGAGAACAAAAGUAUAUUUUCAGUUUUACUUUUGUAUAUAAACCUAAGAUGGCCUCACUGGUAAAAAUAAGAAAAAAAAACCACAAAACAAAAAAAAAUGAACAAAAACAAGGAGCUUCAGUUAAUUUUUAUGGAUGCUGAAGAUUUUACACCUGUGCAUUUGUCAUGUGAGUUACUUUUUUUUCCCCCAUAGUUUGGACACAGAUGGCAUUACUUUCUUCACAGUAACAUAAACAGGAAAAGAGCUGAACUUUCAAAGUUCAAACUUGUGAGAGGUUUUUUUUUCUCCUCUUGGAGACAUUUACCUUCGGUGGUGGAAUCUAAUUCCUCCAUCCCAUAUUUAGUGCAGAUUUUGUUAUGCUUAAAGUGGAAUAAACCCUACCCAAACUGUUCCACAGCAUCCCCUCUGUUUGCAGGACAGAGCCUUUCAGGAGUGGGUUUGGUUUUUUUGGAUUUUUUUUAUUUUGGUCAUUUCUGGUUCUGUGUGACCCUCUAUUCAGAUUUUUUUUUUUUUAAUUCCAUGCUUUAGUCAAGCAUGUUGCAAGCUCAUUAGUGCACCAAUUAUUCUUGAGGGCCAGACUCAAUAAAAUCUCAGGCUGAGGAAUUACUUGGCUGUGCUUACGUGGGACAAGACAGAGAAUUUUUAUAGAAUCUAGCCCCAAAUAAAAGCAUUGACACAUUGGGCUGUAGGAUUUUUUUUCUAAGAACUUACUAUGAAAUCCUUUUAAAGGAACUUUAAGAUCCUAAUCAGCAAAAUAUUAAGCAUGUGUCGAUUUUGAAUUUGUGGAACUGCUUGUGCUUUAAAGUUAUCCAUGCGUGUAUAAAUGGCCUGUUGAACUGAGGCCUGUCUGUCUGGGGAAACCUACUUUUAGCUGCAGUAGAUCAAAUUUCUGCUUAAAAGUGAACUUGUCAACAAAAUGAAGAAAAUACAAAUACCAACACACUUUUGCAUGGUUUGUGCAGCUGACAAUGGUCUUGGUACACCGUCUUCUGAGUUCACAUUCAUCAGAAUUAAUAUUAAAUGUUUGGUGUGAGUCUCUUAAACCAAAAACCAACCCAAUAAAAAAGCCCCACCCUGUCCCAUGUACUCAGACGUAUUGCUAUCUAUUGAAGUCUCUUAGGGUAGCGGGUUUCAAAAUUCAGUUUUCUCUUUUUGGCCUUGUAAUUAUUUUUAUUUCCCUAAUUUUUCAGUACACUUGUGUUGAACUUUGAGCCAUACUUACUUCCUGAUUUCUUUUCUCUUUCUCUCUCUUUUUUCUUUUUUUUUUUCUUUUUUUUUUUUUUUUUAAGUUGUGCAUGACAUAGGAAAUUUUUUUUUUUAGAACUGAUGGGUCAUUUGGGCUGAUUCGUUCUUACUAAAGAGUGAAAUGUGUAAAUAGCUGGAAUGCAGUUUUUCAGGAGAUUCUUUAAAGUAAGAGAAGGGGGAGGGAAGGGAGUGUUUCUCUUGUGUCCCAAAGUCCAUGUCAGAGAGUAAAUAUUUCCUCUGGUGUGAAAAAUAUUUUUAUAACUGGUUGAAAGUACAGGUAACAAGUUUAUCAGGAAAGAGAGUUAAGGAGUACUAAAAUCAGAAGAUUCUUGUCUGAAUUUUUAAUGUCCAAAACUGUUGAUUGCAGCUAGUUGCUUUGAGCAUUGACAAGGGCCACCUUUUGCCUAUGAAGUUCUCUCAAAAUCUUGCAUUGAAUAAAAAAAGAAAAAAAAAAGGAAAAAAAGGGAAAAAAGAAAAAAAAAUCUUUACUCCAAGUAGCAUUAGGUAUUGCUGUAUGAUCAGUCGUAUGGUUAUUUGAAAGGUUCACAUUAUGUGGCAUCAAAAUUGUUUUUAGUGUUUUUACAUCAUCCCUCUGCCACUAAAUAGUUGACUUGAAUUUUGAAAACAAAUGUUUGUGUUUAUAUGUAUAUGUGUGUGUAUAUAUGUAUUUAUAGAUCUGUGUGUGUGAGUUAAAAGUGAGUUAAAUAGUUUUUCCCAUGCAUGUGUAUUUCAUACAUAUCUGGCUGAUAUAUAUAUUUCACCAUACACCAAUUUUAUAAUUUAUUAAAUGUCAGUUAAAAAAUAAAUAAAAGGAUAGAAAAUGGGAAAUACUUAUUUUUUAAAUUCAGUCUGAUUUUGAAGUGAUUAAACCUACACUAGGAAUAUAUCUCAUACAUUUUAGUCAUGAAUACUAACCUGGUAACUUCAGAGCAUAUGCUUUGCUAUAAUACCGUUUGUAAAUCUGGAGUACAACGGCCAUUAGUGUAACUGGGAGCAUGCGUGUCCCCAGCUUCUGGAACACCUAAGAGAAAUUCGGGAGAGCUUGUGACUGUUUUGCCGAUGAUUGUGGCAUUGUUUCCAUUGACUGUAUUGUUAAAGAUGGCCUGAAGAGCAGAUUAUGUCACUUUUGACAAUGGUAUUAAAAUCUUGUUAAUUCACGUAUAAAAUUAAAUGUGGCGAGUGUGUGGUUACGCAGAAUCCGGCAUCUUUUAUGCCUGUCUUAGCUUUUGGAAAGUGAGGUCAGCUGCUGACGUCUUCCGUUUCCUCACACGUUACCCUGAAGGGGAGGAAGGCUGUUCAGUUCCCCGUUGUCAUUGUUUAACUUCAUUGCUCUACAAAGAAGGGACAGAAACAUUCUGAAGUCCUCCUUUGUGGUAUUAAUCCCAUAUGCUUUGUGAGUAUUCCUGUUUCAUGCUAGGAUGUUCUUUAUAGCUGAUAAUUCUCUGUGCCUCUGACCACAGUUAACAUUGCUUGGUAGAAGUCUCAGUCUGAGUUCCGGACGAGCUCCCUGCAGAUGUCACUCCCAAACUCAAUCUGCGUUAGUUCACGUAUUAUCAGAGACGCAGUAAAGCAGCCCAGGGCGGCCUGGCUUGCGGUACUGCUCCGUUCGCUGCAGAUUGCGGAGUUCCUGUGAUCCUUACGCUAGUGCUCUCUUGUCCUCCGAUUCUGCUAGAGGUGUGGGGCAUGCACCCCUGUGCACGCAUGCCUGUGUUUACGUAUAGUGCUCUGUGUGUAUGUAUGUACGCACACGGGUGUGAGUAUGUAGCUGUUCGAGUAGCAGGGUGGAAGUGGCUUUGAAUUGCUCUUGAGGGCAUUACUGAUGCAUCCUUUAGAAGAUGAAAAGCCACGCUAAGCUAUAACCUAUGCCAUGUGUUAAAACCUUUGUAGCGCUUCCAUAAUGAUAGAUGUGACGGCACUUCCAGGCUUGCCCCUUCCUCUCCAUGGCAAGGAUUCAAUAAGCCUUUCAAGGACGGGAUGACGGAUGGAUUUUCAUUGGACUCUCUUGGACCUGCCUCCCAGUGCAGAGCUAGGGACUGUGAGGAGAACGUUUUGAAAAUUAAUUCUUCGUUGCAGUUUAACGUUUCAGGGUUUUAAGCACACUUUAAAUAGAAAGGGUUUUGUUUUGUUGGUGUAACUUUUUUUUUUUUUUUUUUUUUUUUAAACAGAGCUUAGAUUUCUAACAAGGGAAAAUUGCUGGUGGUCCCCGAAAGUGCUGCUGUUAAUUGUUUUAAUUAACAAAGGGAAAAAUGUAUAUAAGCAGAAUAUUAAAAUUGCCAUUAAUUCCAUGAAUUUAAAUCUGUCAUUCAUUGCCUUAAAACUUUCUCUUAGUUUCCAUACGGCAUGCCAAACCAGUAAAUGGCUUUUAAAAAUGUAUAGUAGACUAAUGUCAGUUUGUAUAAAAGUACCAAGUGAAAAUAUUUAUUAUAUGCAUUGGAAAAAAAAUGGUUUACCUAUUGAAUGUUACCUGUUUAUGUAGAAAUCUUUAGAUGUAAUAAAAAGCAUUCAGUUA